UGGGAGCUGCGGGCUGGCUGCAGCUCAGGUGACCGGCGGCGGCUCAGCUCUCUCUAGGAGUCCACGGGUCCCCUCCCCACCCCGCAGCCUGACGACCCAAGCUAGCCCGGGCCGCGAUGAUCCAGAAUGUGGGAAAUCACCUGCGAAGGGGCUUGGCCACUGUCUUCUCGGGCCGUAUCUCCCGGAAGUCCAUCCCACGUGCAGAGGACGAAGGCGCCAUGGCCGAUGGUGAGGGCUACCGCAACCCCACGGAGGUGCAGAUGAGCCAGCUGGUGCUGCCGUGCCACACCAACCAUCGUGGCGAGCUGAGCAUCGGGCAGCUGCUUAAAUGGAUCGACACCACGGCCUGCCUGUCGGCGGAGAGGCAUGCCGGCUGUCCCUGUGUUACAGCCUCUAUGGAUGACAUCUAUUUUGAACACACCAUUAGCGUCGGCCAAGUGGUGAAUAUCAAGGCCAAGGUGAACCGUGCCUUCAAUUCCAGCAUGGAGGUGGGCAUCCAGGUGGUUUCGGAGGAUCUGUGCUCAGAGCAGCAGUGGACGGUGUGUAAAGCCUUGGCCACCUUUGUGGCCCACCGGGAGCUCUCCAAGGUCAAGUUGAAGCAGGUCACGCCAGUGACAGAGGAGGAGAAAACUGAGCACGGGGUGGCGGCGGAGCGCAGGCGCAUGCGGCUGGUCUACGCGGACACCAUCAAGGAACUCCUGGCCCGCUGCGCCAUUCAGGAGGAUCUGGGCACCAGGGAUUGCGACCAUGUGGUGCCGGCCGAGCAGACCCGUGUGGAGAGUGUGGAGCUGGUCUUGCCUCCCCAUGCCAACCACCAGGGCAAUACCUUUGGGGGCCAGAUCAUGGCCUGGAUGGAGAAUGUGGCCACCAUUGCGGCCAGCCGGCUCUGCCGCGCCCACCCUACCCUCAAGGCCAUUGAGAUGUUUCACUUCCGAGGCCCGUCCCAGGUUGGAGACCGUCUGGUGCUCAAAGCCAUUGUGAACAAUGCCUUCAAGCACAGCAUGGAGGUGGGCGUGUGCGUGGAAGCCUAUCGCCAGGAGGUGGAGACCCAGCGCCGGCACAUCAACAGUGCCUUCAUGACCUUUGUCGUGCUGGGUGCGGAUGACCAGCCUCAGAAGCUGCCCUGGAUUCGACCUCAGCCUGGGGAGGGUGAGCGGCGAUAUCGAGAGGCCAGUGCCAGAAAAAAAAUCCGCCUGGACAGGAAAUACAUUGUGUCCUGUGAGCAGACGGAGGUGCCCCUCUCCGUCCCCUGGGACCCUAGCAACCAGGUGUACCUGAGCUACAACAACGUGUCCUCCUUGAAGAUGCUUGUCGCCAAGAGCAACUGGGUGCUCUCCUUGGAGAACAAUCAGGUCCGCCUGUACACGCUGGAAGAAGACAGGUUCCUCUCCUUCCACAUGGAGAUGGUGGUGCACGUGGAUGCCGCCCAGGCCUUUCUGCUUCUCUCGGACCUGCGCAGGAGGCCAGAGUGGGAUAAGCAUUACCGGAGCGCGGAGCUUGUGCAGCGGGUGGAUGAGGAUGAUGCCAUCUACCACGUCAUCAGCCCUGCCCUCAGCGCCGAUGCCAGGCCCCAGGACUUUGUGAUCCUGGCAUCACGGCGGAAACCCUGUGAUAGUGGGGACCCCUAUGUCAUUGCCCUGAGGUCAGUCACGCUGCCCACACACCGCGAGACGCCAGGAUACCAACGUGGGGAGAAUCUGUGCUCAGGCUUCUGUCUUUGGCGUGAGGGGGAGCAAUUGACCAAGGUUUCCUACUAUAACCAGGCCACGCCGGGCUUUCUCAACUACGUGACCACCAACGUGGCUGGCCUGUCCUCUGAACUGUCCACCACCUUCAAGGCCUGUGCGCAGUUCCUCUUGGACAACCGCAGCGACCUGGCCCCCAGCCUCCAGACCCUGUAGAUGCCCCACCGCAUACUGCUCCCGGGGACUCUCUGCGUGAAAACCAAACCAAGGCUUUUAUUCACCCCACCUCCUCCAGAAGCCAUGGUCACGUGCCCUCCCGCUGGGGUGGUCAGUUCCUGCUUACAUAUGUGCCAGCAAGUUUCUCCAGUGCCCCUGGGGGAGCCUGUAAUAGAUCCGGGUCCUGUCCUGCGCCCUGGCGGCCCGCAGCCCCGCAAGCACGGCUGCGGGACUGCCCCGUGCCAGGCUGUGCCCCACCGUGACGGUGGCGCGGGGAGACGCUGCCAGGAGCCUGGCCACGGUUCCUGGGGCGCUCUGGCCCAGUGGCCCGGCCUGCAGCUGGAAGGACACAGGUUGCCGGAGACCCUGGCACAGCUCCAGCAUGUCCGUGAGCAGCUGUUCCUGGUAGCCACUGCCCAGCACCUCGUCGGGCCAGCCUGGGGCCACAGUCACGUGGGGGAAGACCUCGGCUACGGCCUUCAGCAGCUCUGUGCCCACCACAUGGCCGGGGCUGGCAAAGCUCCCAUGUGAGAUUGUGGCCCCCAGCCACACAGGCCGGAGAAGAUGGCCCAGGGCGGAGAGAUUGGCCAGCAUGGACAGAGAUGGCCAGAGGGCCUCGGCUUCCACCAGGUUCACGUGGAUGCCCCAGCGUCCAGGGUGCGUGGCCAGCUGUAACAGGCAGGACUCAAGGGUCAGCGUUGGGCUGCCUCGUGUGAUCACCACGGGCACGGGGUCCCCGGCUGCUGUUUGCUGCAGGCCGACGUCCAGCAAGAUCAUGCCUUCUUUGUCUGGAAGAGGCGACAGAAUUCGGGGCUCCAGUCAUCACGGGAUGCUAGGGUUCUGUGUUCAAGUGGGGGUAGGGGAAUCCUGGGGAUAGACGAGGAGGAGCUGGCGCCUGACCACCCUGGCAUCUACCUGUACUGGGCACAGGUGCUGCGCCUGGCUACCGUCAGGCAGAUACGGUGAACUAUAUUGUCUCAGCUCUUGACAGUGACUCUCCUUGUGACUUACACGGGCCUGGGUCUGCUGUAGUCACACUGUGGCUGCAGGACCCAAGGCUUGCUAGGCUGAGGCCAGGAGUCCCUUGCCCUUGACGAUCUCCCCCCUCGCCCCCCGCCACCCUGGGUCCCCAUGACGUCCCGCCAGUUUGUAGCCAUGGUGAGAGACACAAGGUCACCAACCACUCAAGCAAAGGACAACCCCCACAAGGGAGCUUCCAAGCCGACUUACCGGGGAUCGCAAUGACUGCCGUGCCAACAUUGCUGUGUACUUGGGGAACCUGCCACUCCACCCCCAGGCCGUCACCCCCAGCCCGCUGGAGAAGAGGGACCAGGCUGCCGCCCGUGUAGUACGUUUUCUUCCGGCUGGCGUCCACUGUGGGCCCAGAAAUUGUCAAGGUGAAGGGACCACUGUUCACAGGUCAUCUCUCGUACGUCCCAGCACCCUGUACCCUAAAGUCUCAGCAGCCCAUCAGGUAGCCAUCUCUGUCCCCUCUC